UGACGUCGAUAUCCAACAUGGUUCGCACGAGGCGGAAAAAAACCAGCCAAACAAGGCUAAACACGUCUCGUCCAAGUUUACAUAGUGAGGUCACCGACUUGCAACGAUACUAUUACAGUUGCUGGCAUCGUGGGUUUUGUUUCGCUUUUCAUUAUAGCAGAUACAAGUCUGAAGAUUGCUUCGACAGCACUCCACGCCCAGGUGCGGGUGCCCAUGAUCGAGCCUUUAGCGGCAGCUGUAGUAAACAGUUUUUUGUUGCGUACACCUGCUGGACGCGCCUCUGCAUUCAGGCCUUCUUUGGAACACAUGGGUCGGCCCAUUCGUCGUCCCCUACUACGCGACUUUUUUACUCCGACCGCAAGAAAGUGGAAAGGCAAAGAGAAAGCAGUGGAGCAGGAUGUGGACUAUGCUCAGUGUGCCGAAUGCGCCGAAUGGCUCUUGGGAGCAUCACACGAAUCGUACUGCGUCAUGAAGCACUCCGUUUGGUGUCCAAGGCGAAAUCGUAUAUUAAUGGUCAAUGACGCGGCUCCCCGUCGAUCGAAUCAUUCUGCGAGUCUUCCAAAUAUCCGCCGCUAUUCCUCAUCUCUUCCAUCGUGUUCAAGUUCUCCACAGUUUAAUAAUCUCUUGACGGCUUCGUCAUUGCCGGGUCCUGAAACACAAGACGUCAUAACCUCUCCUUUGAACCACUUCCUGUCUCUCCUGCAAGAAAAUUACCCAUUUAACUUGGAUUAUGCAUGGAAUGCUUACCAAAUGCUCGUUGACUCUGACGACAACCAGCAUCUGAAACCGUUAGACGUCUUAAACUUUGCUCAAAAGCUCUCUGCUGCUAUAGAGACAGGUGGUGAGGACAAAGGCAGCGUUCCAUACUUUCAGAAGUGGGGCACACGAAUUGCCGCGCUAAAUGAGCGGCUGGAGUCCGUAUUCGAGAAGCAUUCAAGCGAGGACAUUACGCGGUUAAAACUCGUAGCGAGAGGCUUGGCAUUUCUAGGAGAUAUGGACCAUGCAAUCAUUACCGCCCACGAACUAUCGGAUCUACUUAUUGACGGACGGAAAGAGGAAUUAUAUGAAAUAUAUAGGACCCUUAUACGGUUAAUGGCGCUUCACCAAGAUAGCGAGCACGUCCUGGAUUUUGUUCUUGCGGAGUGGGCCAAGAUCGGGAUGCAUCUCUUGCCUCUUUCUACUCGUUUGAAGUUUUUAGACAUCGACGUAAAACCCUCAUCGCUCCAAGAUACGAUCUACUCGAUUUUGGCCAACAUACCGGAUGCCGCAUCUCUAUUGGCAAAGCGACGACAGGAGGGUUUGGAGACGCGGCAGCGUAUUGGAGUCCUGUUGCUGGACGUACUAUGGAAGGAAACCCUGGCAGAAGAUGCGUAUGCAUUGCUCAAAGAAAUGCGAGCGCAGCAGAUGUUGAUACCAGUUGACAUGCAACUCCAAGUGGUCCGCUCGCUUGUUCGCGCUGACUCCUUCAUCCGCGCCAAUGAAUUGUACAGAACCAUAUCGGAGUCGACGGGCGCCCAGCAUAAAUUUUUCAUCUCUACUGGAAUGUUUCUCGCAGCACAUCAGGGUGACAUUGACCGCGCCGAGGAGUAUUAUUCUCAACUCGGCAUAGCGCGGUGGAUUACGUCGCAGGAUAGAGCCACUCUUAUGCAUGCAUAUGCAGUUGCCGGACGGGUGGACAAAGUCGUCGAACUAUUUCAUGAGUUCUUCCCUGACCCAAAGAAUUCGCGGCUCGGACCAAAACCUUCGAUCGUGCAUUACACCAUUGUGGUGUACGCUCACGCAGAGCGCGCGGAUUACGACGGGCUCAAUUUUUGGCUUCAGGCUAUGUCGAAGGCUGGACACAUUCCUGAUAUCUACGUCUACAGCAUCAUCCUCAAAAGCUUUGCUGCGCGUGGAGAAGUAGAGUCUGUCUCCGCUGUUUUAGACCAGAUGCGCGCGUCCAAAAUUAUGCCCACUCGUAUCUUGUACACGACUGUCAUAACUCUUCUCGCCCAUAGGAAGGACCCGAUAUCCGCAGAGGCCAUCUACAAACGUGCGUUGCGUGAAGGGAUAGCUCCUGAUCGCAUGAUGAUCACCUCUCUCAUGAAUGCACAUGUGGAAGCUGGUUCUUGGGCGGGAGUAGUGCGCGUUUUCGACUACCUCAAAUCGUCUCGAAACCCUCGCCUUCGGCUAUCAGUAGAAGUCUACAAUACUCUGUUGAAGGCCUACGUCCUCAUCGGCGCCCCUUUUCGUGUCGUCUCUGCAAUCUUUCGCAAGCUUGAGGAUCUGGGCGUUCAGCCUAAUGGGCGGAUGUAUACCCUCGUCAUCCAGUCGGCCUGCGAUGCAGGAUAUAUGAACAUCGCCAACAGGAUUUUUGCCGAGAUGCAGGCAGCCUCAAAAAACUGGCAGACAACUUACAGCGUUGAUGCCUUUGUGUUGACGAUCAUCAUGGCUGGUCAUUUGCGGCUGGGUGACAAACGUAGUGCAAAGGCUGUUUAUGACGACAUGUGCAAGCGAGGCAUUCAACCUACAUCCGCCACAUUCUAUCAUAUCCUCCGCACUUAUGGCAAGGAGGAAACCGAAGAAAGCUUCCAAAUUGCAGAGGCCUUCUUGAAGGCCAUCAUGGCUGGUGAGUCUUCGGCGUCGUGGGUCCCUCCUCAGACUCGCACCGCUGCGCUCGAGCACGUCCACGGUCCCCUCAUGCUCGCGUAUGCGAAAACUGACAAACCGGAGGAGGUGGAGCGGUUGUUCCAAUCCAUGCUGGAAGCAGGUGGAGAACCUUCGUUGGCCAGCCUGUCGGUGCUCCUCGACGCCUACCGUCGCUCUGGUGACAUUGAAGCCAUCCAUGGGCUUUGGCCACAAAUAUGGCAACUCGCCUUACGUCUUUCGAAGACGGAUUCUCUUUUCGAAGGAGAAGAUAACAACCCUUCCGACCCCACGAAACGUCAAGGGACUCUUCUCUGCGCUCCCCUAUCCAUCUAUAUCGAUGCACUUUCUGCGGCUGGGGAACACUCUGUGAUUGCCGAGAUGUGGGGGAAAGCGAGAUCUCAUGGCUUCAGCUUCGAUUCACAUAACUGGAACCAUUUGGCAGUUGCCCUGGUCCGUGCGGGAGAGCCGGAGCGGGCCUUCGAGAUAGUCGAACGCGUAUUGCUACCUUAUCAGCGUCAGAGCGAGGGCGUACAGCGUGACAGAGAUUUAUCUCCUGAUUCCCCUCUCACCUUCGAUACCAAUCCGGCAGAUAUCAACAAACCAGUUUCUCAGUCGCCGAUGCACCGUAGUGAGCGGCGAGCUUAUCAAUCGAAGGUAGCUACAAAGAGAUCCGGUGACGCACUAGAAAUGGAUCCGACCUCGGAUGAUUUUGCCCACCCAUUACACAUUCUACACCAGAUAUCCCCUUCCUGGGAUGUUUGGCGCCCACAUCGUGCUGUACUUGCCCUGCUGUCAGGUGUGCUGCGCCAUCUGGAAUCUGGGAUGUUUGUCCAACCGAUGGGAGACCGUAGCUCAGCGCCACAGGCACUAGACAACGCUUUCACUCGUGGAAACCUCGCACGAGAGAUGCUUGACCGCAUUUAUCACAGUUACCCUGACACGAUCCAAACUAUUCGCUUGCACGAGCGUCGGAUUGCGCGGAAAUCUUCGUUGACGAGACAAGACGAUGGGUGGUAGACGAUGAUAUAUGGUACCGAGUACUGAGUACAUUGCAAGGUAGAGGAGACAUUAGUGAUGCAGUGGUGAUUACAUUGUCUGAACACGAAGAUCAUCAAAGGCCAAAGGCAGUACUGUGUUACGUGACUCCC